CCAUGCCCACCAAGAACAUCACAGGCGAGCGCCUCACCAAAUUCAAGAACAAGGGCAAAGACCCUGCAAAACUCCGCGAAAAAAGGAUCACGGAGUGCGUGGAGCUGCGCAAGGCUCACAAGGAUGAGAGUUUCCUGAAGCGACGAAACAUAACGCUGUCGUCUCUACCGGAUGAGGAGGCUCUGUCUCCGUACCUCAUCCCCAAUGACGGGGGCACAUUUUCAUCCAUCGAGGAGAUCGUUAAAGAUGUGACAUCCGACUGCAAAGACUCUCAAACUAGAGGCUGUCAAGCAGCCAGGAAGCUGCUUUCUCAGGAGCGUAACCCGCCUCUAAAGGAGAUCAUAGAUGCUGGUCUGUUGUCCCGCUUUGUAUUAUUCCUGUCCAUGGACGAUGAGCCGGCUCUCCAGUUUGAAGCAGCCUGGGCUCUGACAAACAUCGCCUCUGGAACAUCGUGGCAUACACAGCAGGUGGUGGAACAUGGGGCUGUACCAGCUUUCAUUGCGUUGCUGGCCUCACCACUGCUGCACAUUAGUGAACAGGCUGUUUGGGCACUUGGAAACAUUGCAGGUGACGGUGCGGCAUAUCGAGACAUCCUGAUCGAGUGCAAUGUCGUUCCUGCUUUGCUGGCCCGCAUUUGCCCAGAUACACCAGUUGGCUACCUGCGUAACCUAACAUGGACGUUGUCCAACUUGUGCCGAAACAAGAACCCAUUCCCACCCUUGUCUGCAGUCAUGCAGGUUCUUCCCUCACUGAUUCAGCUGCUCCAUCUCAGUGAUAAGGAUAUCCUGUCUGAUGCAUGCUGGGCAAUCUCCUACCUCACAGAUGGGGACAAUGACCGUAUUGACGUUGUGGUAAAAACUGGGAUUGUUCCUCGGCUGGUGGAGCUCAUGAGCCACGAGCAGCUUGGUGUCCUGACCCCGGCUCUCCGCUCUAUCGGGAACAUAGUGAGUGGCUCUGACGUCCAGACCCAGAUGGCAAUUGACGCUGGAGUUUUAAAUGUCUUGCCUCAACUGAUGAGGCACCCAAAGGCCAGUGUGCAGAAGGAGGGGGUGUGGGCGUUGUCCAACAUUGCUGCAGGUCCCUGUAAGCAAAUCCAGCAGCUAAUCACCUGCGGACUGAUCCCUCCUUUGGUAGAACAGCUGAAAAACGGAGACUUCAAGACUCAAAGGGAGGCAGUGUGGGCAGUGACUAACUUUACCAGUGGGGGCACUGUGGAGCAGGUGGUCUACCUGGUGCAGAGCGGAGCCCUGGAGGCGAUAAUCAACCUGCUGCAGGUCAAAGAUGCUAAAGUCAUUCUGGUCAUCUUGGAUGCCAUCAAUAACAUGUUCAUGGCAGCGGAGAAGCUCGGUGAGAUGGGGAAACUGAGCCUGUUGAUUGAGGAGCUGGGAGGCCUGGACCGCAUAGAGAUGCUGCAGAAUCAUGACAAUGACGUGGUGUACCAGGCUGCACACAACCUCAUAGAGAAGUACUUUGGUGACGAUGAAAAUGAUGGCGCAAAGGUUGAAACUACAGAUGAUGCAUUUGUAUUUCAAUGCACUGAUGUUCAAAAAACAUUUGAAUUUUAAAUGUCUAUUUAUUCAUGUUGA